CGCAGCAAGAUGGCGGCGCCGGAGACGGAGGUGGUGGCAGCGGCGGGUCCCGGGGCCGGCCCUGAACAGCAAGUGACCAGCAAUGGAACUGCCGGGGGAGGCGAAGGCGUCGUGGAGACCCAGCAGCAGAAUCAGCCCCCGCAGCCGGCGCCCAACGCCUGGCAGGUCAUCAAAGGAGUCUUGUUCAGGAUCUUCAUCAUUUGGGCCAUCAGCAGUUGGUUCCGUCGUGGGCCGGCACCACAGGACCAGACCACCGCUGGCGGGGCACCCCGGGCGCCGAGCCGCAACCUUUUCCCGAAAGACACUUUAAUGGAUCUUUAUGUCUAUAUCUCAGAGCACGAGCACUUUACAGAUUUCAACACCUCCAAGUCGCUGUUCUGGGAGAAGCGGGAUCUCGUCUACGGGGACUGGACCAGUGGCGAGAAUUUCGACGGGUGCUACGAGCACUACGCUGAGCUGGACGUCCCCGAGAGCGUUCAGCACAACGGCUCCAUCUACAUCCACGUGUACUUCACAAAGAGCGGGUUCACCCCCGAUCCGAAGCAGAAGAACUCCUACAAGCGGCUCUCCACGGUCCACACGUCGCGAAUGAUAAAUAAGUACAAGCGCAGACGGUUCCAGAAGACCAAGAACCUGCUGACGGGGGAGACGGAAGCGGAUCCCGAAAUGAUCAAAGUGUUAGGCCGGGGCUGUGACAGACUCGAGCCUCGGAUGAAUCGGGCACGUCGGGCCAACGUCGGGAAGCAGUUUCUAUCACGCCAUUUUGGCGGUUCCAGCUUGCCUCUCCAUCAGAUGCUGAAACUUGCCAAUGUGAAGUUUGACGCGGUGAGCGGCGACUACUACCCCAUCCUGUACUUCAACGACUACUGGAACCUGCAGAAGGACUACUUCCCUAUCAACGAGACGUUGGAGCGCCUGCCCCUCCGCCUCUCCUACUGCCCGCUGUCGCUCUGGCGCUGGCAGCUGUACGCCGCCCAGAGCACCAAGUCCCCCUGGAACUUCCUGGGCGAGGACCUGUACGAGCAGUCCGACGAGGAGCAGGACUCCGUCAAGGUUGCUCUCUUGGAAACCAAUCCCUACUUGCUGGCUUUGACCAUUAUAGUCUCCAUUGUGCACAGCAUUUUUGAAUUCCUUGCUUUCAAAAACGACAUCCAGUUCUGGAACAGCAGGCAGUCCCUCGAAGGGCUCUCCGUCCGCUCGGUGUUCUUCGGGGUAUUCCAGUCGCUGGUGGUCCUGCUCUACAUCCUGGACAACGAGACCAACUUUGUGGUGCAAGUGAGCGUCUUCAUCGGGCUGCUGAUCGACCUCUGGAAGAUCACCAAGGUCAUGGACGUCAGGCUGGACCGAGAGAACAAAGUCGCAGGGAUCUUUCCACGCCUCACCUUCAAAGACAAAUCGACGUACAUCGAAUCGUCCACCAAAGUCUACGACGACAUGGCUUUCCGGUAUCUCUCCUGGAUCCUCUUCCCGCUCCUGGGUUGUUACGCCGUGUACAGCCUCCUCUACAUGGAACACAAAGGCUGGUACUCCUGGGUACUCAGCAUGCUCUACGGAUUCCUCCUGACCUUCGGUUUCAUCACCAUGACGCCUCAGCUGUUCAUCAACUACAAGCUGAAGUCGGUCGCGCACCUGCCCUGGCGGAUGCUCACCUACAAAGCCCUCAACACCUUCAUCGACGACCUCUUCGCCUUCGUCAUCAAAAUGCCCAUGAUGUACAGGAUAGGCUGCCUCCGAGAUGAUGUCGUUUUCUUCAUUUACCUCUACCAGCGGUGGAUCUACCGGGUGGAUCUGAGCCGCGUCAACGAGUUCGGGAUCAGCGGGGAGGCCCCAGCGUCUCGGACGACGCCAAGUACGGCUCAGCAAGACGGCGUCCUCGCGCUGCCGGCCAGCGGCCCCCUGGGCGCCAUCACGGAAGGGCCGGCGACCGGAGCGCCCCCCGCGGCGACAGAGGGAGCAGCCGAUCAGGAUCCCGCGGCAGGCUUGCCGGACGGCGCUCUCCAGCCGCCGCCCUCGAAAACAGCGGAGGAGAAGAAGAAAGAUUAACCGGCUCUAACUUUUAUUUUUUAAAACUCCCUGACUUGACUCUCUCACAGUUGGAUAAUGGACA